UCUGCUUUCCCUUGUGGGGAAGCAGAGUUUGCCUCCAGUGCUCCCUGGAAUGAACCUGCCAUGCUCAUGGGUUGCCCUCUCCUGACUGUCUGCUCUUCUCCUUUAGGAUUUUGGGCCUUCCCUUCCUGGUGCUCUUCCUCCUGAGUUCUUGAGGUGCUUCCCAUCUUCUUCUCCACACCCUGCUGUGUGCCCCAGGCCUGCCACUGCUGCUGUGCUGUGUCCCCUGAGCUGGGGCCCUCGGCUGACGGUGUCUGCUGGGAAGCCAAGGCAGGGAGCAACAGGAGCAUCUGCUGUGAGAGAGAACGGGGCUUUGCCAGGGGGCCGUGGCCAGGGAGCUGUUGCCAGGACUUUGUCAGACAUGGCUUUGCAGCAGGACACACAAGAGAGGGAUGGAAAGGCACAGCUCCUGGCAGAGGAAUUAGAGAAGGAAGGACUGGAUGCUGGAUACUGGCUGCCCAAGAUGAUGCAGAUCCUGGGAAUCAAGUGCAGAGAAGCCCUGCAACAUCUGGAAUAUGAAGAUUACCUUCAGUUGGAGUGUGAAGUGCGGCACCCCUGGGAGAAAAAGGCACUCCGGAAACUCCUGAACAUGAGAGACAAAGUGCCCUCCAUCAAUGUGGAACGGAUCAUCCAUGCUGAGCAACCCCUUCCCACAUCUCCCAAAGUCACUCACCUUGAAGGGCUCAUCAAAACCCUGCAGCAAGUGAAGGAGCACAUCAAUGCUUUCACUGACGCAUCAGGAAGCUCUGCUUCUGCUGUUCAUGAAGCACAGAAAAAAGCCACCCUGACCAGCAGCCUCGCCAUUUAUUCCUUACUCCAGUCUCUCCAGGAUUGGGUUCAGAAGGACAUGGAACUGUUGGUGCUCUUGAUUGCAACCUGUGCAGGAUACCAGGUGGAAAUCAGCAUUCCCCCUGGACACCCAGAAAAUCAGGACAUGGCCAAGGAAACAGAACUGGCACGUGAGGAUUCUGUGAACCUGAAGGAGCAAGAUGCCAACAGAGCUGAGGCCUCCAUUUUGCAGACAGUUUUGACUGUGACACCCGAAAGUCAAGAACUGUCCUCUGAGUCUUCCUUGACUGAUGGAUCAAAACAGGAGUUCCUCCAGUUGCUCAAGCGCCUUGGACUCCAAAGUCACUAUCCAAGAAAAAUGGGGAUGGGAGAUUUCCACACUAUCAACAAAACAUCUCCGCAGCCCAGCCAGGACACAGAACUGCCAGGUUACUUCUUGCAAAGGCUGUUAACCAUGGAUUGCCAGGUGAGGUACCUGACUUGCAGGAAUGACAGCAACCCAAAACAUGCUACCGUGCCACAAACCACAGUGAAAAAACACCAACACUCAGACACCUUUGAAGAGUUUUUUGAUGAUUUGGAGGAUGCAGCCCCUGAAUGUGCAAGCAGGGAUGGCCAUGUGCACCCCAUGGACCUGCAGAUGGCCAUUUUCCAUUGUGCUGAUGACUUCCUGAGACAGACCCUUGCAACCAAGCUGGCGUUCUGCCAACUGGCCCUGCCUCUGCUGGUGCCCAACCCGUGCACUUCACGCAUUGAGUUCCCGCUCUACGCCCUCAGCCAAAUCCAAAGGAGCUGGAAAGAGACAGAGAAGUCAGGAAAGCAGGCUGGAGCAAAAGGUUACAACAACAAACUCAUCUUUCAGGCACAGACACCCAUUGUGUCCUUCUUCCGCAUUGGCAGCUCAGCCUCCUCUUCCAAGUCUCAGCUCCUGAACGCUCUGCUGAGCAGACGCAAACACGACACUUUCUUCCACCGCCACUGCAGAGGCAGCACCAGGGAGCGUUUGCUGAUGGAAGGGGUGGUGGAGAUCGCCUGGUACUGCCCCCGUGGAAGCCCUGAUGACACCUUUGAGUGCUGCGUGGCUUUCUGUAACCUGCAUGGAGACGCCAGGGAUCACGGAGCACAGCUGCAGUUCCUGCAGGAAAUAUCUGCUGUCAGUGUGGCUCUUGUGUCUGAUUUAGAACACAUGGACAGCAGGGGGAAAGAACUUCUGCAGGGCCUGUUGCAGUCAGAAAGGCCUUUGAUUUGUCUUCUCACAGAAAAAGAGAACGUUGCAGCUGGACAAGCCAGUAGAACUGUAACAAUAGGGAUGAAGAACAGAAAUGAAGCAGAACUGAUGGAACAGCUGACCAAGACAAUUGGGAAUCUCCUAAAAGGGUCUAAUGUACAUUUCAGCCUAGACGCCUGUGUGGACAAAGCUCGCCAGCAUGGAUUCGUAGUGGAUGCAGAUCAGGCAGCGUGUGUGACAGCCAAAGCAAAGGCAAAGGAGCUGGUGGACCUUCUGAAGACAGAGAAGCUGUCUGAGAUCAAAUCCCAGCUGCUGCCACUUCAAGGAAAACUGUGGAACCAGUGGUGCAAAAAGGUCAAAGAAAUCACUCGCUUGCAGGAGAGGAGGAACAAGAGCAUUGAGCACCAUCGAAGGCAAAUUGAAUAUGAGAAGAAAGCAGUAAGAAGAAAGCAAUUUGAGCAAGCUUUCCCUCUCAACUCACUGAUGAAAUCGUUCAUUGGUUUCCUCCAGACCCAGCCAGCAGAUACCAAGAAAUAUUUCCUGCAGUGGAUGAAGGUCUUUAUGGAGGAGCUGUCCAGCAGUUGCAUUGAAGAACUGUGGAAAGACUAUCACAAGUUAUGGACUAAAAUCCUGGCAAGAGAGAAAAGCAAAGAAAAAAGCAGUAUAACUGCUCAGUUGGUGAGUCGCUUGGAUGCCCUCUCUGAUGAAAUCAAAGAUUCAUCCAUUGGUCUGGAGCACCUUCUGAGAGAGGCAGGGCAGAUUUAUGAAGCUCUGGAACUAAUGAACUCCAAGACUGAGAGUUUUGUAAAACUGCCAGAAAUCGCAGCAGAGCUGAUGGUUUUGGGUUAUCCUGUGGAGCUGAUGGAUGGGGAUGCUUCUUACCUGCCCUUGCGCUGGGUGGAAGCAAUCUUUGACAGCUUAAUUGAGAGGCUGGGGGACAAACGAGUGUUUGUGCUCUCUGUGCUUGGCAUCCAGAGCACGGGCAAGUCCACCCUGCUGAAUGCCAUGUUUGGUCUGCAGUUCAACGUCAGCGCGGGGAGAUGCACCCGCGGAGCCUUUAUGCAGCUCAUCCCAGUGGGCGAGGAGCUGCAGCAAGACCUGGGCUUUGAUUUUGUGCUUGUGAUUGACACAGAGGGACUUCGUGCUAUUGAGGUGGCCAAUAAACAGUCCCUGAGCCAUGACAAUGAGCUGGCCACCUUUGUCAUUGGUGUUGGCAACAUGACUGUGAUCAAUGUCUUUGGAGAAAACCUGUCCGAAAUGCAAGAUGUUCUCCAGAUUGCUGUGCAGGCUUUCCUGAGGAUGAAGAAAGUCAAUCUUUCCCCAAGCUGCCUCUUUGUCCACCAAAACGUGGGAGAAGCAAGUGCCAAGGAGCAGAACAUGGAAGGCCAAAGGCGUUUGCAAGAAAAGCUGGAUGAAAUGACUGUGGUAGCAGCUCAGCAGGAAUUCUGUGAUGUCUCCUCCUUCAGCGAUGUCAUUGGCUUUGAUGUGAACACCCACAUUCACUACUUUGCUCACUUGUGGGAAGGAAACCCUCCCAUGGCACCACCCAACCCCACCUACAGCCAGAACGUCCAGCAGCUCAAGAGCAAAAUCUUCCAGGCUGCCAAGAAGCAAUCACAGCACAGCAUUUUGAGGCUGUCGAGCCUGAAAGUUCGUAUUGGUGACCUCUGGAAUGCUUUGCUGAAUGAAAACUUUGUUUUCAGCUUCAAGAAUUCCCUGGAGAUUGCUGUCUACAGGAAACUGGAAAGUGCCUUUAGUCAGUGGACCUGGAGGCUGAGGAGUCACAUCUUAGACGUACAGAUGAGGCUGGAUAACAAAAUUCGGAAUGGGGACUUGCAGAAUGUCAGCAGAGAACAAAUUGAAGGGCUGGUGAAAGAGACAAGUGAUGCCAUUGAGAAAGAAGUGGAAAAGUAUUUCAGGGAAGACAAAGACUGUGAGACACUGGUGCAGUGGAAAUCAAGCACAGAGCUGAAGCUAAAAGAACUAAAAGAGACUCUUCUUCAUGAAACAAAAAAGAAAUGUGAUUAUCUUAUUGAACUACAGAAGGAGCAGAGGAAACUGGAUGCAAGGAAGUUGGAAUAUGAAGAUGAGCUCCUGAGAAGGAGUCGGGAGCUGGCUGUGACUCGAAUACGGAUGAUACUUGACUCUGUCCCAUUGAGAGACACCUUUACAUCUGUCUGGAACCAGUGGAUUGCUGAAGUCUCCCAUGCUGCUCCUCCUCCAGAACGGGUGGAUAUCGAUGCACAAAUUGAAGAUGUCCUUUUAGAGUACUUUAAGGAGCCAGGCUUCUAUGCACGGAUCAGGUCAUUUCCCAAAGGCAGAGGAUUUUCUUUUGACAAAGAGAAACAUGUCUUUAAAAAAGCACAUUGUGACAGCCUCCCUCAGAUUUCUGAUUCUGAAGUCAUCAACUUGCAGCACAUCACAGAAAACAUCAUAGUGUGUGUGAGGGCAAACAUUGAUAAGAAGGAGCAGGAGAAACACGAUUACAGUCAAAAUUUUAUCCAUGAAAUACUCAAUGAAGUACAGAAAGGUGUCAACUCUGUCCCCAGCAAUGCAAAAUGUACUUUUAACAGGGAGUACAGCAUAGAUUUGUCUUUGUAUCUGUGCAAAAUGGCAGCAGAAAGGUUUAAAGCCAUGCAUGAAGCAUUCCAAAAAGCAAAUGACCCAGCUGAGUACCUGAGCAGCAAGAGAAAAGAUUUUUUUCAGUGUUUCCAGAUUUCCUGCCAAGGAGCAACUUCUAUCAUAAUUUUUGUUGUUCUCCUUUGUGACAAGAUUGAACCAGCUCUUCGCCGGGCAGUCUAUGAGAGGACGGCUAAAGACAUUGCUGAGGAUAUGCAGGGCAAAUUCCCAGAUUUCCAGGGCAACAGAGCCAAUCUGGAAGUUUACAUACUGAGAUAUCUGGCAGAACAAGAAAAUUUUGAGUAUUUCAAGCAGUACCUUAAGUUUCCAAAGGAGUUUUUUCAAAAAUACCUUGAGACACGAGUGGAGAGUUACUGUUUAGAUGGGAGCAGGAGGCUGGAGAAAUUUUUAGAUUCCUCCCUUCAUCUUCUCUAUGGAAACAUCCUGUCAGCUGUUUCUUCAUCAACUCAAAGUAUCAAAGACAGAAAAGACAGAGAAAACAAAGUCUCUCUUUGGCUGGAUGAGUUUUGCAGGGAACUGACAGAGGUGAUCAGCUUGCCCAGAAGUGACCUGAAGGGCCUUGAGCACCAGGAGGUCACAGACAUUGAGUUCCUCAGCAGUGCCAUGGUAGAAGCUCUGGCUGCCCUGAGGGACAGGCUCAAGAAAGAAUUUGCUGGUGCUGACCUGAGCUCGUUUUCAAGGCAACCUCACACCAUCCUGGCAGAGCAGUUUUCAGGGUGCUGGGCACAGUGUCCCUUUUGUAGGGCUGUCUGCACAAACACCAUGCAGGGACAUGAUGGAGACCAUCAGGUGAUCUUCCAUCGCCCACGAGCUUUGAUGGGAGCCAAGUGGGAUGGUACAGACCACCUGGUCGUUGAUAUUUGUUCCAGCCUUGUUGCAACUAAUCUUGAGUUCAGGUUUCAUAACGGGAAAUGGAUCCCAUACAAGAGAUACCGGGAUGCAGGACCUGCAUGUUCCACUUGGAAAAUUCUUCCUGAUUCCUCCAUGCAGGCGUACUGGAAAUGGUUUGUGUCUCAUUUCAGGACACAGCUGGAAGCUUUGUGCAAUGGGAAAUUUCAGGGCAAAGGAGAAAUCCCUGAGGCGUGGCAGAGGAUCACCAAGAAGGGAGCACUGUCUGAGCUCACAAGCGUUAGGCCGCAUCCAUCGGAAGGAAGAACCACAAGAGAUUUGCAGGUUAGAAGAAUUUUUCUUGAGACUUCCAAGAGAAUGCAGUUACCAUGACAACUCUCAAGCACAAUGAAGACAAUGGUAUCCAAUUGCUCCCAACUUUGGUGAAAUAAGGUGUGUUACUGUGGCUCUCUCUCAGUAACUCCCUCGCUUCAUGACAAAGCCAGAAUCCUCUUGCCUUCUUGCCAUAAACAUUUCCCUCUGCUUUGUCCUAGAGCCAAACCAAACCCCCUCCUUGGGGUGAUCAGCCUUGUGGCCAAGCCCGAGCCCAAGGGCCAGGGCAAGGGCAAAGGCAGCACUCCAAGCACCCCUUGCAUCAGCUGCAGUGAGACAAGAAGGGACAGUGCCCCAAAGGCAGUUUAUCCUGCAGCAAGGAGGUGUCCUGCUCAGAGAAAGGGCUGUGGGACCUGAGGCCAGCUCCAUGCCGGCUGCAAGGCUGGCUGCUUGGCUUUUGGGUGUCAUCGUUCCCUCCCUGAUUGCAGCCUCCUGGAUCAGGUGGGG